AUAUCGCGUCCAGAAAAUCUGUAAGUACGCGAUGCAAGCAAGGCCGAAUGUAUUGUAAUUUGGAACUUUAUGAGAAAUAAACAUUGUUACUUUGAGUUAGAUUCGGUGUGCACUUUUUAUAAGUUUCUGCUUUCUGAUACUGUGUUGUUAAAAUAAACAAGAUUAAACUGUGAUUAAAAUUAGGAUGUCGAAGCUCAUGCUAAUAUUGGGCUUGAAUCUGCUAUACUCGCAAGUUUCGAUCUCCUCUGCUCUUUUUAAUAAUGAAAACAGUACGAACUGUGAAGAUUUUGAAGAUUGUGGGGUUGAAAAUAGAAACUGUGCGAACGAGUGUGGCUGUGAUAGUGCUGUUGCAUUAGUGAUGACGUAUAAUGAAACUCUAGGCCAUUGUGUUGUAAAUUACAAGCAGCUACUGCAAAGUCUCGGACAAAAAUAUAAUACUCAAGAAAAAAUACGUGAAGAGGUGGAAAAAGUUUUUGAAGGUAUCAUGAUAUCUGUUAUACUAUUUAUCACUUGCGCCGGAGUUGGUUUCGUCGCAGCAUGCGUAUAUUGCUGUAAGAUUUGUUACAUGGAUAACAAAUUAAAACAAGACGUGGAUGCACUUCAGAAAAAGCUGAAAAGGGAUGGAAUUUUAAGGAAAACUAUCAAACCUAAGAGCAAGACUGGCUCUGGUCCUGAAUCAGAAAGCUGUAACAUUAUAGUAGAAGAUGCUGGAGUUUUUGUUGUCUGAAGUGAUAGGGUCACUACUACAUAAAUAAAAUAAUAUACUUAAUAAUAUAAAAAAU